AUGGAUUCGGCAAAGUGUUUGCAAUUAAUAAGGCUGAUGGAAAAUGCUUACAUAGCAUUAAAACACGCACCACACGAACAAGUAGAAAAAUGGAAAAAUCACCAGUCUCGAAACAUUAGGCUCCUUAAUAAAAUUUUCAAAACACCAAAUUUGUCGAGUGGUGAAAAAACAAGAAUUCAAACGACGAUUUCCCUACUCAAGGCUCUGAGUGAAAAGUACAGAGCUCGAGCGGGUGGAAAUAUCGGUGCGCGAGACAAAACAUCCGAUCGCGUUCGUUGGGUGCAUUUGGAGUCCGCUUUUCAAAACCGUAUACGAACCGGUGCAGUAGUAAAUCUCAUACACAAGGACCUUCGAUCUUUCUUAUACGACGCCAAAGUCGUUACAGUUAAACGAUUAAAAAAUGUGCUAAAGAAAGACGGAAAUAUCAAGGCCAAUGUUGUAUUGGCGUGUAAAUUUUCAAUGAUAAAAAACGGUGCUAUGAUUGAAGAAACAAAGUACUUUAACACGCGAAACAUGGCGAUUCUCGCAGCCACGGACAUUCAGACAUGGUUUGACGAAAAUGUGAUAGAUCGCCUCCUGGUUGACGUGGAAGAAUUCCAAGAACGUGAUUCCGGCUGGUCGAUGCGAGAAAUCAUCAAUUUGACAGUGAACAUCAAUCGCUACGAGCCACUGCGGGGUGGUAACUCAACAUAUGCUGAUAUCCCACGUGAUAUAAAAAUGAAAAAAGCUGUUGUCAAUAUAAAAAAUAACGAUGAGUUCUGUUUUUUGUGGGCUGUGAUAGCAGCACUUCAUCCCACAGAAAAUCAUGCCGACCGUACGAGUUCGUACCCCGACUUCAAGACAGUAUUGAAAUACGACGGCAUACGUUUUCCAAUUGCCUUGAAAGACAUUUGCAAAUUUGAAAAAAUGAACAAUUUGACGAUUAACGUAUACGGUGUGGACAAAUGUGGUAAAAAAAGUGAAAUAGUGCCGUUGUACUUGAGUAAAAUCAAAUCAGAUAAAUUCCCUAUCCAUCUUCUCAUGAUUGAGGGAAAUAUCGGUAUGGAUGUAGAUGAAGAAGACAAUUUCCAACCAAUCUACCACUUUGCUUGGAUCCGUAAUCUAUCACGUUUGCUGAGUUCUCAAGUUACAAAUUAUGAUAAACGCACAUGGUUUUGUGAUAACUGUUUGAACCAUUUUUACCUUCAACAGUCUUUUGAAAAUCAUAAACGUGAUUGCAUGAGCAUAAACAAAACGAAAAUGGUUUUACCGACCGAGGAAAAUAAAAUUUUGAAUUUCAAAAAUUAUCGGUUCAAAGAAAAUGUACCGUUCGUCGUGUACGCGGAUCUCGAAUGCCUUAUCGAAUCAACGGGCGAGUCUCAAAAGCAUAUCCCGCACAGUGCUGCGUAUUAUUUGAAAUGUUCUUUCAACGAUUCACUCUCAAAAUUCGAUAUGAAACGUGGAACCGAUUGUAUCGAGUGGUUCAUCGAUCAAUUGCACGAAAUCGCAGAAACAGUUAAUUCUUAUUUGACAAAUAUUGUGCCGAUGAAACCACUCACAUCAGAUGAAAAAAUACAGUUUAGAAAUGCCACAAAAUGCCAUAUUUGUGAAAAGCCGUUCGACUCCGCGGAUGUAAAGCACCGCCAUCAUUGCCAUUUCACAGGAAAUUAUCGGGGUGCUGCGCAUCCUGGAUGCAAUUUGAAUUAUACGAAAUCUCAUAGUAUCCCAAUAGUUUUUCACAUUCUCUCUGGCUAUGACUCACACUUUUUAAUCAAAACUUUGGCUACACGAUUCAACGGCACAGUCAAACUUCUCCCUAUAAACAAAGAGCGAUACAUUUCAUUCACGAAAUACGUUGAAGGUACAAAUGUAAAUUUACGGUUUAUCGACUCCUUCAGGUUUAUGACUAAUAUUCUCGAAAAAUUAGUCUCAUACCUGAGGGAUGAGGAUAAGUCAAUCACACGUAAGCACUCUAGUACUGUAGAGAAAUUCCAGUUGCUCACGAGGAAGGGAGUUUUCCCUUACGAAUACGUGGACUCGUGGGAGAAACUCGACGAAGAGCAGUUGUCAUCGAAAGAAAAUUUUUCUUCAAAAUUAAAUAAUGCAAACAUUUCGGAGGAAGAUUACGAACACGCAAAAAACAUUUGGAAUAUUUCCAACAUUAUUUCAUUGGGUGAAUAUUCCGAUUUAUAUUUAAAGGCAGACGUUUUACUAUUGGCUGAUAUAUUUGAAAAUUUUCGACGCAACUGCUCUUCGACGUACGGCUUGGAUCCUCUACAUUAUUUUACAGCUCCGGGACUUGCUUUUGACGCGAUGCUCAAAUGUACGGGUGUUCAACUUGAACUCCUCACAGAUCCUGAAAUGCUCCUGUUUAUCGAAAAAGGCAUUCGAGGUGGUGUAUCGCAGUGUUGCAAUAGAUAUGCUCAUGCAAACAAUCGGUACAUGGGAGCCGAUUUUGAUCCAAGCAAAGAGGAAUGGUAUUUAAUGUACUUUGACGUAAAUAAUUUGUACGGUGCAGCCAUGUCCCAAUACCUACCUGUUGGUUCUUUCGAAUGGGAGUCCGAGCCUAUAGAUAUUCUCAAUAUCCCCGAUGACUCUUCGACAGGAUAUAUUUUCGAAGUAGAUUUGGAAUAUCCUGAGGAGCUUUUCGAGUUGCAUAAAGAUCUGCCUCUUUGUCCUGAGCACAACGUAGAAGCUUAUGACGGUCUUCUUUACCACAUAUACAUCGUCCAUUUUCAUAAACGGUACAUCGAUUUGUUGACGGUUUUUCCGACGACUUAUCCCGCUCAUCCUUUGGAUCCUUUUGUUAGGCAGCCACGACAUGACUGA